AUGUCUUUCUUCCCCACCAGCAAGGGCCAGGCAAGUUAUCCCUCCUUCAGCAGCUUUACCUACACCUCUCCUAGCACCCGCAGGAUCACCAACCCCAUCUCUGUCAUGAUGAGAAAGAAAGACCAUGGUAAUUUGGGAUCGGGGUACAAACGCUUCUCGUGGGACGACCAGGCUAUUGUGAAGAUCAACCAGAACCUGCUGGACCCCAUUGAGUCUGGGCUUGACCCCACUUACCAUCAGGAAAAGUUAAAGGAGAAGGAGGAGCUCAAGACCCUCAACAAUCAAUUUGUCCACCUCAUUGAAAGGGUCUGCUCACUGGAGCAGCACAAAAAGGUGCUGGAGACCAAAUGUAGCAUCUUGAAGAGCCAGAAAGCAACCCCUGCACGCAUGGAGAACCUCUUAAAGACAUAUAUCAGCCAGCUGAAAAAGCAUCUGGCGGACCAAGGGCAGAUGAAAGGCAAGCUGCAUCUGGAGCUGCAUGAAAUCCAGGAUAUUAUGGAUGAAAACAAGCAGAAGUAUGAAGAGGAAUUCAACCUUCGUAAUGAGAAGGAGAAUGAUUUUCUCCUGAUGAAGAAGGAGAUGGAUGAGGCCUAUAUCUCCCAGAAUGAACUGGAGGGCAAGCUGGACAGGCUGAGAGACGAGCUCGAAUUCCUGAAGAACUUUUACGACCAGGAGAUGCAUGAGCUUCAGACUGAGGUUCAUAUGUACAAGGAGAGUGUGGUCAUCUCCAUGCCUAGCCAGCCCAGCCUGGAGGUGGACAGCAUCGUUUCCGAGGCCCAGAGCCAGUACGAGAAGAUGGCUGAGAGGAGCUGCAAGGAGGCUGAGAAGGCCUACAGGGACAGGCACAACAAGCUCAAGGACUCCAUGGGCAGGCAUGGGGAAGAGCUCCAGACCAUGAAGACAGAGAUCAACGACUUGACCAGGAAGAGCCAGCACAUUCAGCUGGAGAUUCAGAAUCUGAAAGAGCAGUGCAAUAAGCUGAAGGAGGACAUUGCCAAUGCUGAUGACCGGUACAAGUUUCCCAUUGAGGAGGCCAAAAAUAAACUGCAUAUGCUGGAGAACGCCAUACAGAAGGCCCGGCAGGACAUGGCGCACCAUCUGCGCGAGUAUCAGGAGCUGUUGAACACCAAGCUGGGGCUGGACAUUGAGAUUGCUACCUACCGGAAGCUGCUGGAGGGCGAGGAGGGCAGGCUGGAGUCUGGGAUGCAGAACCUGUCCAUUCAUCACAAGUUUCACCACCAUCAUGGGCAAGGGGUUGCCUUAAGAGAAAUCUCCACCCUUGGAAGCAGCAGCCACCCCUCCGGUGCCUCCCCCCUGGAAAGUCUGAGUGAGGAAAGGAAGCCCGAGGUUGAAAAUUGA